UCCGCUUGUUCCGAUCAAGAAUAUUCUUCGUUGAUUACGUCACGUGAAUGUCUGCUGGUACAGCUGACUGACCAGUGACACUCUUGAUAGGUUAUCCGACCUUUCGGUAUAAGUAGAAGAGAAAUAAUCCGUCGACCAACAUGCACGGAAUCAAGUUUUUCAAGAAAUUCCUGAUGCCUUGUGGGCUGUGCGCAGCGACACCGAUCCUCAAGCCAGCCCCUCCUCCGUCAAAUUGUCCAACGCCUUGCGAACUAGACGAAAAGAAGUUGAUUCGCCCCUCCGAGUUGCCGAUAUAUACGCUUGGCUCACCGUCAAAAGUGGACCAAUGCCCCACACCUGUCAGUUGUGAGCCGUCAUACUUGGAACAGGGUUUUGGCACGAUCAGGAAGUCCUUGUCUGGUGUUUUCACGCAGUAUCAACAUAUUACCGAAUCUAUUACAGACAAAAUAGAUACAGGAGUUGCACACAGUGAAUCCCUCUACGAGUACCUGAAGGAGGAGAGCAAUGUUUUGCCACGAAUGGGAGCGAUCGGGAUCGGAGCUCUUUCUGGUCUAAUACUGAGCCUCCGAGGCGGUGCGUUCAAGAAAACGUUGUACACAACCACGGGUGGUCUGCUCGUGGCCUCGCUCUGUUACCCAAAACAAGCCGCAGAAGGGGUUGAUCUUGCCAAACAUUACGCAAACAUAGGUUACAACUUUGCUUACGGAAUUAAACCGGGAGACGAGCAGUUGGAGAUCCAAUUUCCAGAACUUCCUAAGCUGAAGAUACCGACGUCGCUUAACGGGCUCUUUGAUCAGGUAGUAGAGACGGGAGCAGUGGCAGGAGAGACCAUCGGCAACCUAGCCAGCAAAGCGUCGGAAUACUUGUCGGAAUCUAAAGAGGCAAAAUCGUCCGAGGAUAAGCCAAAGCAGAGUUAGUGUGAGAAACACGCUUACUGGAUGUAAUUCAAACGUGUGUCCGUGAGAGAGAGACACACAUUACGCGGACCCUGACCACUGAUCGCCGAUAACAAAUGUACAUUUGAACUCUAGUGAAGAUAUAAAGAAAUGAUAAGCAUACGUA